AGUACAAAUUAUACAAUCUGAUCAGUUGGUAAUUUAAGAGAGAGAGAAGAGAGAGAGAGAGAGAGAGAGAGAGAGAGAGAGAGAGAGAAAAUCAAUAAAAAUGGCUUCACAGCAGGAAAGGUCUGAGCUGGACGCGAAGGCUAAACAAGGAGAGACUGUGGUUCCCGGGGGCACAGGCGGCAAAAGCCUAGAGGCCCAAGAACACCUUGCUGAAGGGAGGAGCCGAGGAGGGCAGACAAGGAGGGAGCAGCUGGGGACGGAGGGGUACCAGGAAAUGGGGCGGAAAGGAGGUUUGAGCACAGGUGACAAGUCUGGUGGCGAGCGAGCUGAGGAAGAAGGUGUUGAGAUCGACGAGUCCAAGUUCAAGACUAGUAGUGGCUAGAUCACACUUCUUUUUGUAUAUAUUUGCUCUGGAUACACACCCACCCCAGUUUAGUUUCUCUCUCUAGGUUUAUAAAUUAGCUUUGUCUUUGUUAAUAAAGGGAUGUCUUAUAUGUCCUCAGCUCAUAAUAAUUAGGGUUUAUUAUUAUUAUAUAGUUUCUAAGAUGAUAUAUGUAUGUGUGUCGUGUAAUUAGUAGCUCGGCUAUGGUCAACUGACGGGGUGUAUUCAGGCAAAUUAAAUCUUCUUUAAAUAUGGUUGUGGAUCUGUGUUGUUUUUA